AUUUAGCAUCUGCAUCGCUGGUCCUUUGUUUUCUUACCAUGUCAAGACAAUACGCUACCCCUUCUUACGGAGGCACCGGGCUUCUGUUGUCAUUGUCUCCCAUUAUCUCUAAGACUUCAACCAUGUCAUUGUUAGAUACUAGAUAGGUUUAGUGAUGCAAAAAGGAAGUAUUCAGCAACCCAGUUGUUUUUCUUUCUCCUUCUUGAAGUAUUCUUGCCAUAAUUAAAGAAUGGAAAUUGCCCCUUGCUGAGCGAAGCGGUUUCGUUCCCUCCCUUUUCUCUUAUUGUGCGGUGGUUUGCCUCGCAGGUCUACCUGUGAUUCCUUCCUUUCUAAUGUUCACUCUUUCAGUUUGAGGACGGCGAGUGGUGAGGAUCAUAAUCAAGUAUCACCAUGAAUCUGGUAUGGCACGUGUCAAUUUUCGCUCUUUGUAUCGGAGCAUUCUCAGUUGGGGCUUUAAGACCUGAUGUUGUGAAUGUUGGAGCUAUUUUCACAUUUAGCACUAUCAAUGGGAAGGUCGCAAAGAUUGCCAUGAGGGCUGCUGAGGAUGAUGUAAAUUCCGAUCCGAGCAUUCUUGGCGGAAGUAAAUUGUCGAUAUUUAUGCAUGAUUCCAAUUUCAGUGGAUUUCUUGGCAUCCUGGGGGCAUUAAGGUACUUGGAGAAUGAAUCCAUAGCUAUAAUUGGUCCACAAAAUGCUGUAAUGGCCCAUGUACUCUCACAUCUUGCCAAUGAACUCCAUGUCCCAUUCUUGUCAUUCACGGCGCUGGACCCUACCCUAACACCUCUGCAAUACCCUUACUUUGUUCAAACAGCACCCAACGAUCAAUUCCAGAUGGCUGCAAUUGCAGAUAUGGUUAGUCAUUAUGGUUGGGGAGAGGUUGUUGCAGUUUAUAGUGAUGAUGAACAGAGCCGAAAUGGUAUUACUGCUUUAGGUGAUAAACUCUCAGAAAAACGCUGCAAAAUUUCUUAUAAAGCAGUGCUUCCACCUGAUCCCACUGCAACGCAAAGUGAUGUCAAGGAUCAACUAGCGAAGGUUCAAAUGGUGGAAGCUAGAGUAAUUGUUCUGCAUACCUUCUCCAAAACAGGUCUCUUGGUUUUUGAUGAGGCAAAGAAGCUUGGGAUGAUGGAGAACGGGUAUGUUUGGAUAGCUACCACUUGGCUAUCCACUGUUUUAGAUUCAAAUUCACCACUUCCUUCAAAAACUUCAAACUCUAUACAAGGAGCUCUGACACUUCGUCCACACACACCCGAUUCAGACAGGAAAAAGGCUUUUAUUUCACGGUGGCACAAGCUGAGUAAUGGUUCUAUCGGAUUGAACCCUUAUGGUUUAUAUGCCUAUGAUACUGUUUGGAUGAUUACUCGUGCAGUAAAGUUGUUUUUUGAUCAGGGAGGUACCAUAUCAUUCUCCAAUGAUACACGCCUAAGUCAUAUGGCGGGAGGGUCUCUGAAUAUUGGUGCCUUGAGCAUUUUUGAUGGGGGGAAACAGUUGCUUAACAACAUAUUGCGGACCAAUACAACCGGUUUGACCGGACCUAUUCAAUUUAAUCCUGACAGAUCUCCUUUCCAUCCUUCAUAUGACAUUCUUAACGUAAUUGAAGCUGGUUAUAGUCAGAUCGGAUAUUGGUCUAAUUAUUCUGGCCUAUCUGUUGUGACCCCGGAGACACUUUACACAAGACCGCCAAACCGUUCAAGUUCAAGCCAGCAUUUAAACAGUGUGGUAUGGCCUGGAGGAAAAACAGAGAAGCCUCGUGGGUGGGUUUUUCCAAACAACGGAAGACAAUUGAGAAUUGGAGUUCCAAACCGAGUUAGUUACCGGGACUUUGUCUCACAAUCACGAGUAAAUGGUACUGAUGAAGUCCAAGGAUAUUGCAUAGAUGUAUUUGUUGCAGCCAUAAAAUUGCUUCCUUAUGCAGUUCCAUAUAGGUUCAUUCUGUUUGGAGAUGGCCAUCAGAAUCCAAGCUAUGCCGAGCUUGUACAUAUGAUCACAGUGAAUGUUUUUGAUGCUGCUGUAGGCGACAUUGCAAUUGUCACAAACAGAACAAAGAGUGUGGAUUUUACUCAGCCAUAUAUUGAGUCAGGACUUGUUGUGGUGGUUCCAGUCAUGAAGCAAAAUUCAAGAGCUUGGACAUUCUUCCGACCAUUUACUCCAUUGAUGUGGGGUGUCACAGCAGCAUUUUUCCUUAUUAUUGGAACUGUUGUGUGGAUUCUUGAACAUAGAACAAAUGAUGAGUUCCGAGGUCCUCGUAGGAAACAAUUAGUCACACUUCUAUGGUUUAGCUUCUCUACUAUGUUUUUUGCACAUAGAGAAAAUACACUAAGCACACUUGGUCGCAUUGUGCUUAUCAUCUGGCUUUUUGUUGUUCUUAUUAUCAACUCAAGCUAUACUGCAAGCCUGACAUCACUCCUCACAGUGCAACAGCUUUCCUCCCCCAUCACUGGAAUCGAUACCUUGGUGAGUAGCAAUGCACGUAUAGGAUUCCAAGUAGGAUCUUUUGCUGAAAACUAUUUGAUGGAUGAGCUCAGCAUCCCAAGGUCUAGACUUGUUGCCCUUGGCUCACCACAAGAAUAUGCUGCUGCCCUCAAGAACAAAACUGUUGCUGCUGUGGUUGAUGAACGGCCAUAUAUAGAGCUCUUCCAGGCAGACCACUGCAUGUUCUCGGUCAGAGGCCAAGAAUUCACCAAAAGCGGUUGGGGAUUUGCAUUUCCAAGAGACUCUCCUUUAGCACUAGACAUGUCUACUGCCCUGCUCACUCUAUCUGAAAAUGGCGAGCUUCAGAAGAUCCAUGACAAGUGGCUGGCAAGAAAAGUUUGCGAUCCCCAGGCAACGGAUCUAGUAUCUGACCAGCUUCAGUUACAAAGCUUCUGGGGCCUAUUUCUCAUCUGUGGCAUAGCAUGCUUUCUUGCUCUCUUAGCACACUUUUGUAUGAUGAUAAACCAGUACAUCCGGCACUCCCCUGAAGAGCCUGAAGAGCAACUCGAUCCUUGUACCGCCGCUACUGGCAGCUCACGUUCCGCCCGCAUAUCAACAUUCUUGUCAUUUGCAGACAAGAAGGAAGACGCGUGGAAGAAAUAUUCGAAAAGAAAACGUAGGAAUUUGUCAUUGAAUGGUUAUGGUGAUGAAGGUGAACCAAAGGAUACGCCUAGGACUAGGAGCCUUGAAAUAGAGGAGAGCGGCUCCCCUCCAAUUGGGAAGCCUCCUAUUUCCUCUCAUUUUCUUGUGUAAAAAAGGACAUUAUAUAUGGCUAAAAUGUUACCAAGCCACUUGUCUCCCAAAAACAAAACUGCUAACGUCAACGAGCUUCUUCUCCUUUGCCGAUGAGCCCCAGAACCAAGAACCAAGAUAGCGGAGGCUUCUGGUUAGAGCUCUUCUGGAGAAUAUUCUCGUGUCUUAAUUCAUUGUGUCAUACUAAUUUCUCACGAAUUAAGGGUACUUGUAGAGAUCUGUUGGCUUGGUUUUGUUGUAGGUGUCUCAACUGAUAUAUAGAUUGUCUAUACAAAAAGGCAUUAUUCAGUGGAAAUAUACAUGAUGAUAUUCUCUCU